GCUUCUCCCAAUAGCUGCGACUUCACAUCUCCUCCACCACCACCAGAAACGUUGCACUACCCACUGAGUUGGGUACCCCAACUCCUCUCGACGUGGAUCGUCUGGACGGGCUAGUGCGGAAAUUUUCUUCUGUCGACUACUACCUACUGCAUCAUCGGUUUCUUUCGAGGUCCAGAGCUGAAUUCUGCUGCCUGACCCUUACCCUCCCUUUUCCUCCCCCUCCUGUUAGUUCAUAACACAAUUGCUCUGCGACAGAUGCGCUCCUAGAACCCUAAGCACUUCCGCAUCUCCCCGGGAGCCAAGCCCUAGAACAUUGGUGGAAUUUUUUAGCUGUCAGACGGAUCUCACUAUGGCCACUUGGGCUUACCCACCUCUCCCACCAGGGCGCCUGGAACAGGAGGUGGAAUCCACGUUGGCCAAGGAAUUGGAGUGGCUUUUACGCUCCCUACAGGAGUCCCUCGUCUCGUUACGGGAAGGUUUACAUGAGUGUGUUGCUUUGCUGGCAGCCAAAGAGCCGGGCUCAACCUUAGUGCUGUCAUCCCUUCGGUCUGAAAAUGUGAAAGGCUACGUAACCCGGGUUGGGACCAAAAUUGUCAAAGGCGAUAUCCAACUGCGUCUGAGUUCUCUCGCCUCAGCACGGGGGUCGGCCAACACCCGCCUAUGCCUGUCCAAUGCCCCUGAUGCUCCGGAGCUUGUGCUCGAUCAACUGGUCUCCGUGAGGGACCUGGUCAACCAGAGCUUGGAUAUCGUAGAUAUUAGUACAUGGACUGGCGAUCCACUCAACGCUGGCUUUAUCUUUAGCCAAUUACAUCUCCUGCGUGAGACCAUCACCGAGGCACGGCAGAUGUUAAAGGGUGAGAGUGACAAAGUCAAACAGAAAUGGUGGGAGGCAAGUGCGGGAGAGAAUAUGUUCGACCCUGCUCUACCACCAUGUCUAUCUUUUCAUCUCACCAUUGCCGAUUCUGCAUUGGUCUUACACUUGCGGACCCUCGAGUCUAGCACUCCAACCCAUACGCCUACAGCGUUCGCCAGUGACAUCUCUCUCACCGGCUUCAACAUCAGAGACCGGCUCUUUGGCACCCGCCAUCGGCCUCAUGACGAAGCUGGCGACGUGUUCACCUGGAAAGGAGACGAAGUGAAGGUGAAAGAGAAAGUCCGAGUAGAAAGCCAGGACCCGAGCCUGAUGGCAGUUAUGGCCAAGUUGACUGCCCUGGAGCACGAGAUUCAGAAAUGGAUUUCAGCCUUAAAGGUCCUGAUGGGAAACGAAGACACCGACAGUGACUCCUAGCUACUCAGCCGUGUAGAAAGCUCAGCCAUUUAACUGGCAUUGUUUCCACCCUUGUACUUUGUAUAUUAAUCGUCCAAGAUACCUUAGUGAAGUUAC